AUGGCGACGCGGAGGACGUGGCCCCGGUGGCUGAGCUGCACUUUCCUCCUGCUCAUCCCGCCGGGCCGGACUCAAGACCGGAAGGGCUUUUCCGUCCCCCGACACGGAUUGUGUCAGUCCGUCUCCAUCCCGCUUUGCGCCGACAUGGCCUACAACCAGACCAUCAUGCCCAACCUGCUCGGCCACGCCAACCAAGAAGACGCGGGGCUGGAGGUGCACCAGUUCUACCCGCUGGUCAAAGUCCAGUGCUCGGCGGACCUCCAGUUCUUCCUGUGCUCCACGUACGCGCCGGUGUGCACGGUUCUGGAGCGGGCCAUCCCCCCUUGCCGGACUUUAUGCGAACGGGCUCGGCGGGGCUGCGAGGCGCUGAUGAAUAAAUUUGGCUUCCAGUGGCCCGAGAGGCUGCGCUGCGAGAAGUUCCCGGUCCACGGCGCCGGAGAGAUCUGCGUGGGUCAGAACACCUCGGACGGGGGCGGUCCCACGCCGACCCCGACGGCGUGGGACUCGAACUUUGCGUCGCGGGGUUCCGGCGACCCGGUUUUCUCCUGCCCGCCGCAGCUGAAGGCGCCCGCCUACCUCGGCUACCGCUUCCUCGGCGCCGAGGACUGCGGCGCCCCCUGCGAGGUCUCGGGGGCGCCUUACGGGCUGAUGUACUUUGGGGAGGAGGAGCUGAAGUUGGGGCGGCUGUGGGUCGCCGUCUGGGCGGGGCUCUGCCUGGUCAGCACGCUCUUCAGCGUCCUCACGUACGCGCUGGACGCCCAACGCUUUUGCUACCCGGAAAAACCGCUGGUCUUUCUCUCCGGUUGCUACCUGAUGGUGGCGCUGGCGUACGUCGCCGGUUUCCUGCUCGGCGACAAAGUCGCGUGCGUGGGCAAGUUCAAGGCGGACGGUUACAAGCUGGUGAUUCAGGGCGGCGGGAACGAGGGCUGCGCCGUGCUCUUCGUGGCGGUCUACUUCUUCGGCAUGUCUGGCGCCCUCUGGUGGCUCGUCCUGUCGCUGACCUGGUUCCUGUCGGCGGGCUUGAAGUGGGGGCGCGAGGCCAUCGAGGCCAACUGCCGCUACUUCCACCUGCUGGCCUGGAGCGUGCCGGCGUUGAAAACCGUUGCGGUGCUGGCGACGGGCCGGGUGGAGGGAGACCUUCUGACCGGCGUCUGCUACGUGGGCGUGUACGACGCCGACGCCCUGCGUCGCUUCGUGCUGGCGCCGCAAUUGGUCUACCUUCUGCUCGGAACUUCCUUUCUCCUGGCCGGCUUGGCGUCUCUGUUUCGCAUCCGCGCCGUCGCGAAGCUCGACCGGACGGAGAAGGCCAAGCUGGAGAAGCUGAUGUCGCGGAUGGGCGCCUUCGGCCUGCUGCACGCCGUCCCCGCCGGCGCCGUGGUGGCCUGCCACUUCUACGAGCUGGCGCUGCGUCCGCGCUGGGAGCGGACGUGGCGCGCGCAGACCUGCAAAGGCUUCGCCGCGCCGUGCCCGCCGGGAAAUUUGGCUCCCCUGACGCCGGACUUCAGCGUGUUCAUGAUCAAGUACCUGAUGACCAUGAUGGUCGGCAUCACGUCGGGUUUCUGGAUCUGGUCCGGAAAGACCGUGCGGUCCUGGCGCCGCUUCUAUAAGAGACUGAGCGGUUCCGAGCCGGGCGAUUGCGCAAUUUAGCCAUUUUUUCAGGGGGGGUCGACCGUGACGCU